CAUCCCACCACAUCACCGCAGCAACCACAACCAGCAACACACACACACCAGCCAAGCGAAGCUCGGCCGGAGAGAGAAGCGUCGAAGAUGUCUGGCCGCGGCAAGGGAGGGAAGGGGCUCGGCAAGGGCGGCGCCAAGCGCCACCGGAAGGUGCUCCGCGACAACAUCCAGGGCAUCACCAAGCCGGCCAUCCGCCGUCUGGCGCGCAGGGGCGGCGUGAAGCGCAUCUCGGGGCUCAUCUACGAGGAGACCCGGGGCGUGCUCAAGAUCUUCCUGGAGAACGUCAUCCGCGACGCCGUCACCUACACCGAGCACGCCCGCCGCAAGACCGUCACCGCCAUGGACGUCGUCUACGCCCUCAAGCGACAGGGACGCACCCUCUACGGAUUCGGCGGCUAGGCCACGCGAAUCGAUCCCCCCCACCAACAGAUUUGUGCUCGUAGCUAGCUAUGGCUGUGUAGUGUUCAUGGGCUUGGGUGUAAUGGCCGCAUCUCGCUGCUGUAUGUCCUGGCCUUCACUGUUGUUGCUUGGGUUUAGUCCUGGGAUGAAAUGGAAAUUGAAGUGGUUUACCCUUGAA